AUGACUCUUAUUAAAUCUAUUUCAAUGAUUGGUGGUCGUAAUUCAUUGGAGAGUAUUUCCAACAGUUUGAUCAAUGCAUCCAAAGGUCAAUCAUCAAGUGAUUCCGACAAUCAAGAACAAUGUUUUGGUUUUGGAAGAAGAAGAACAACAAACAUUAUCUUUGGUGAUCUCAAUGUCUUUGGUGGAAGUGGAUUCGGUUGUGGUGGAUGUGGUUGUGGCUGUGGUGGAUGUGGUGGUUUUGGUUUAGGUGGAUUCUAA